GUCAGGGGUGGUCAGGGGCAGUCAGGAGCAGUCAGUCAUCCAAAAGCAGCUGCACCAUGAGCGUCUCUGCGCUGAGCUCCCCCAGAUUCCUGGGCAGUAUCUCUGGGCUUCUCCAAGUGGCCGCCCUGCUCAGCCUGGUUCUGCUACUGCUCAAGGCAGCCCAGCUCUACCUGCACAGGCAAUGGCUGCUCAAAGUUCUCCAGGAGUUCCCGUCACCUCCUUCCCACUGGUUCUUUGGACACAAGCGGGAGUUCCAAAAGGAUCAGGAGCUGCAACAGUUGCUGAAAUGGGCAGAGAAAUUCCCAAGUGCCUGCCCUCGCUGGAUGUGGGGGAGUAGGGUCGUCGUUGUAGUCUAUGACCCUAACUACCUGAAGGUGAUUCUGGGGAGAUCAGACCCAAAGUCUCAUGAUUUCUACAGACUCUUGGCUCCCUGGAUUGGGUAUGGCUUGCUCCUGUUGCAUGGGCAGACGUGGCUCCAGCACCGACGGAUGCUGACUCCUGCCUUCCACUCUGACAUCCUGAAGCCCUAUGUGGGGCUCAUGGCCGACUCGGUCCGAGUGAUGCUGGACAAAUGGGAGAAGCUCAUCCCACAGAACUCAUACCUGGAGAUCACUGAACACAUCUCCUUGAUGACCCUGGACACCAUCAUGAAGUGUGCCUUCAGCCACGAAGGCAGCGUCCAGGUGGACAGGAAGUCCUACACCUACAUCCAGGCUGUUGGGGACAUGAGCAACCUGUUGUUUACCCGUGGGAGGAAUGUCUUCUACCAGAAUGACAUCAUCUACCGGCUGACCCCUGAGGGCCGCUGGAGCCACCGCGCCUGCCAGUUGGCCCAUCAGCACACAGACCGAGUGAUCCAGCAGAGAAAGGCUCGCCUGCAGGAGGAGGGUGAGCUGGAAAUGGUCAGGAAGAAGAGGCACUUGGACUUCUUGGACAUCCUCCUCUUUGCCAGAGUGAGUGUGGAGAAGCCUGAGGCUUUGCCCAGAAGAGCAGAGCCCAGGGGCACACCCUGCUCUCUCACCAUGGCUUCCCCCAGAUGGAGAAUGGAAGCAGCUUGUCUGACAAGGACCUUCGUGCUGAAGUGGACACGUUCAUGUUCGAGGGCCAUGACACCACAGCCAGCGGCUUCUCCUGGGCCCUCUACGCCCUGGCCGCCCACCCCCAGCAUCAGCAGAGGUGCCGGGAGGAGAUCCAGAGUCUCCUCGGGGAUGAAGGCACCAUCAGGUGGUGAGUGCUCAAGAUGGGAGAGCUCUGUCCUGUCUGUGAUAGAGAAGCCCCUGGUCUGCCCAGACCCUGCCUACCCUCAGGCUGGGCUUUGUUGCAGGGACCACCUGGACCAGAUGCCCUAUACCACCAUGUGUAUCAAGGAGGCGCUGCGGCUCUAUCCUCCAGUGCCAAACGUUAGCCGAGAGCUCAGCAAGCCCAUCACCUUCCCCGAUGGACGCUCCUUACCCAAAGGAAUCAUAACCUCGUUGGCCAUUUACACUCUUCACCACAACCCGAAUGUGUGGCCGAACCCAGAGGAGUUUGAUCCUCUCCGGUUUGCACCUGGUUCUGAGCGACAUAGCCAUGCUUUCCUGCCCUUCUCAGGAGGAUCAAGGAAUUGCAUCGGGAAGCAGUUUGCCAUGCAGGAGCUGAAGGUGGCUGUGGCCCUCACCCUGCUCCGCUUUGAGCUGACGCCAGACCCAAACAGGGUCCCCAGCCCUGUGUCAAGAAUUGUGUUGAAAUCUAAGAAUGGGAUCCACCUGCAGCUGAAGAAGCUGCUCUAACUUCUUCAGUUACUUGGUUCCAGGGACCAAGACACAGACGUCUCUGGGCCCUGAUUCAGCCCACCUGACUGACAGUCACCAGUCUACCCUCCUACAUCUCUCCUAUCCACUUACUUAUACCCAUUUGUCAUUCUCACAACCUCCCACUUCGUCCCCCCUGCCCGUAAUAAAGCUCACAGUGUUUCAAGCAGCAUCAGUCUUCUUUGAAAUGGAGAUGGACGGAAGGGGAGAGAAGGGGGAGGAAAGACAGAAGAGAGACAUCCCUUCUGAAGAAAAGAAGGGGGUAAAUUUUGCUCUGUGGGGCCCGGGACUCUGUGAGCUCCCACAAGCAGAUGCUGGCCUGAUGUGUCCCUCCCCCUGCCAACCCCUCCAUGCAGCCUCACCACACCCUGCCAGCCCCAGAAAGCCCCUGUGUUAGGGGCUCUCCCCUGUCAGGUAGAGACCCUGCCUCCAUUCUGUUCUGUGCCUCAGCUGUCCUCACACUAGAUUUUUUGGCAUAGGCCUGAACUAGAGGCUACCUUGCACUGAGCAGAAAGCCUUACAUCCUGGCCUGCCAUGAGGGCCUUGGGGAGCCAGGUCUUCAUGGCCCAAAUGGCACUUGAGAGCCCCCAGCGGGCCCUGGGAGGCCUGUGGUGCUUCGGAAGGCGCAAGGAGGAGACAGCCCAGGCAGGCAAAUGGGUCUGGCCAGCGGGAGGAAGUCAGACCCUGAGCAGCUGGCAGCCCCUGCCUCCUCCCCCACAGCACAGCCUCCUGGCAGUUCUCUUCUGAGAGAGGGAAGCAGCAAUGGUGGGAGUGGGGGAUUUCUAGAUGGUACAUCCCAGGGCAGCAUGGAGAUAUCCAAGUUCCAGAGCUGAGAAUUCUCCUCUCCAGUUCUGCCCCCACCACACAAUCUCCAGCACCAUCUCUUCCCCACCUGUUUGGAUCCUGGAUUGGAGCCCAGUAAUAAUGAUGGGCUUAGACCUUGGACCCUAGAGGUGAUGUGAACCCAGCCAUCAGGCAAUGCUGCAGGAACUGCCGGGAACAGAUCUGUAACCCAUUAUGCUGCCCUAAGGCUUUCCCCAGAAGUCCUUCUCUGCACCUUUAAACUCACCUAUGCCUCUAGACCUGAUUCAGGAACCAUCUCUUCCAGGAAGCCCUUCUCUUCGUCACUCUGCCUCCUUCCCCCAGCUCACCCCAAACUCCUAGAUCACUUUGCAUCUGUGAGACACAGAUGCAGGUGAUGGCAAGGAGCGCUGCCGAGCCCCAUCUCAGGGGAGCAGAAGACACAUGUGUGAAAGCAUGUUGCAUACUUCUUGACCU